AUGCCCUUUUGGGCCCUCUUCAUGGUCACCUCCUGCCUCCUCCUGGUCCCACAAAACCUGGCACAAGUCACCAGCCAAGAUGUCUCCUUGCUGGCCUUGGACUCAGAGCCCCUGAGGUGUUUCUCCCAAACAUUUGAGGACCUCACUUGCUUCUGGAAUGAGGAAGAGGCAGCGCCCAAUGGGACAUACCAGCUGCUGUAUGCCUACUCAGGAGAGAAGCCCCGUGCCUGCCCCCUGAGUUCCCGGAGUAUACCCCCCUUUGGAACCCGAUAUAUAUGCCAGUUUCCAGCCCAGGAUGAAAUACGCCUCUUCUUUCCACUGCACCUCUGGGUGAAGGAUAUGUUCCUGAAUCAGACUUUGACCCAUCGGGUACUCUUUGUGGAAAAUGUGGGCCUGCCAUCUCCCCCUAAUAUCAUCAAGGCUGUGGGCGGGAGCCAGCCAGGAGAACUUCAGAUCCACUGGGAGGCCCCAGCUCCUGAAAUCAGUGAUUUCCUGAGGCAUGAACUCCGUUAUUGCCCCAAGGAUCCCAGGAACUCCAGCGGCCCCACAGUGAUACAGCUAUUCUCCACAGAAACCUGCUGCCCAACUCGGUGGAGGCUGAAUGCAGCCUCCUCUCUAGACCAACCUCCAUGUGUUCAGUCCAUAGCACCCCAACAGGAUGGACCAACACAAACCUCCCCAACUGGAGAAGAUCCAUCUCUGACAGUGAGGCGUAGAAGCUGCCUCAUCUCUGGCCUCCGGCCUGGCAACUCCUACUGGAUCCAGCUACGCAGCCAACCUGAUGGGGUCUCCCUCCGGGGCUCCUGGGGCUCCUGGUCCUCUCCUGUGACUGUGGACUUGCCCAGGAAUGCAGCGGCAAUUGGACUGCAGUGCUUUACCUUGGACCUGAAGAAUGUUACCUGUCAGUGGCAGCAACAGGACCAUACUAACUCUCAAGGCUUCUUUUAUCACAGCAGGACACGAUGCUGCCCCAGAGAUAGGGACCCCAUGUGGGAGAAGUGUGAAGAGGAGGAGGAAACAAAUCCAGGAUUACAGCCCCCUCAGUUCUCUCGAUGCCACUUCAAGUCACAAAAUGACAGUGUUAUUCACAUCCUUGUAGAGGUGACCACAGCCAAGGGUGCUGUUUACAGCUACCUGGGUUCUCCUUUUUGGAUCCACCAAGUUGUGCUCAUCCCCACCCCAAACCUGCUUUGGAGGGAGAUCUCCAGUGGGCAGCUGGAUUUGGAAUGGCAGCACCCAUCACCUUGGGCAGCCCAAGAGACCUGCUAUCAGCUGCGAUACACGGGAGAAGACCAUCAGGAUUGGAAGGAGACUGAGGCAUGCCCUGUGGCCCUCACUUCCAGACCUUCACCGGGUCCUAGGCCAGUACCUUAGGGAUAGUGCGGCCCUGAGUCCGCCCAAGGCCACAGUCACAGAUACCUAUGAAGAAGUGGAACCCAGCCUCCUUGAA